AUGUUUAGAUCGCAUGCCUCCGGGAACAAGAAGCAAUGGUCUAAAAGAGCUCCGAACGGCAACGCAUCUGCUGAUUCUACAUCGGCCUCCCAUACCUACAGACAGCAAACAUUGUCUUCGUUCUUUAUGGGUUCUAACAAAAAGCCAGCGGUUGUUCCGAAAUCCUGUAGGGAAAUCAUUGACUUAGAAAACAGCGAUGAAGGUAGUCAAAGAAAUAUAGUACCUUCUAGACCAAAAUUAGUACGGAAUAACUCGUCCUCUCUGUUUUCACAAACUCAAGGUUCGUUUGGUGAUGAUGAUCCCGAGGCAGAAUUCAAAAAAUUGGUGGACGUUCCCAUACUCAAUAGCUAUAAGAAGCCCCGCAGGAUUUCAGCGAUGACAGGUUCUCUUCACAAGACAGCAUCUGCAUCCACGACGCAGAGAACAUAUCAUUAUGAUGAGGAUGAGACCUUGCGAGAAGUUACUAUUGUAAAAUCCAAUUCUAGGCAACUAUCAUUCACUAGCACGAUUAGUAUUGAUAAAUCUAAUGUGCCUACUGCCGAUUUGGAAAGACCUGCCAAGAGGUCAAAACCUUCUAUGGAGUUUCAAGGUUUAAAACUCACGGUACCAAAAAAAAUUAAACCGCUCUUCAGGAAAACAACAUCAAGUUUGGAUUCAAUGAGCUACAGAUGUGCUCUAUCCUCUCCCAUAGCACUCACAAAGGAGCAAGAAAAGGUUAUUAACCUAAUCGUCAAGAAAAGAACCAAUGUUUUUUAUACGGGUAGUGCUGGUACAGGUAAAUCUGUUAUCCUGCAGACUAUUAUAAGGCAAUUGAGCUCUCUGUAUGGGAAAGAGUCGAUUGCAAUCACUGCUUCAACGGGGCUGGCGGCAGUGACUAUUGGUGGCUCUACUUUGCAUAAGUGGUCUGGUAUAGGUAUUGGGAACAAAACCGUUGAUCAAUUGGUGAAAAGAAUACAAUCACAGAAGGAUUUAUUGGCUACAUGGAGAUAUACAAAAGUUUUGAUAAUUGAUGAGAUUUCUAUGAUCGAUGGUAAUCUGCUAGAUAAAUUGGAGCAAAUCGCAAGAAGAAUUCGCAUAAAUGAGGAUCCUUUUGGCGGCAUUCAACUGGUGCUAACAGGUGAUUUCUUCCAAUUACCACCAGUGGCUAAGAAAGAUGAACAGAGAGUCGUUAAAUUUUGUUUUGAAAGUGAAAUGUGGAAACGGUGCAUUCAAAAAACGAUUCUACUAACGAAAGUCUUCAGACAGCAAGAUAGUGAACUGAUCGAUAUUUUAAGUGCCAUUAGAUUCGGAGAAUUAACAGCUAAUAUUACCAAAACAAUAAGAAACCUAAAUAGAGAUGUAGAUUAUCCCGAUGGUAUUGCACCCACAGAAUUAUAUGCUACGAGAAGAGAAGUAGAAUUGUCCAACGUAAAGAAACUACAAUCUUUGCCUGGCGAUUUAUACGAAUUUAGAGCUGUAGAUAAUGCGCCCGAAAGAUAUCAAACACUACUGGAUUCUUCAUUAAUGGUGGAAAAAGUUGUCGCAUUGAAGGAAGACGCUCAAGUUAUGAUGUUGAAAAACCGCCCCGAUGUAGAGUUAGUCAACGGAUCAUUGGGGAAAGUCUUGUUCUUUGUUACGGAAUCAUUGGUGGUUAUGAUGAAGGAAAUUUAUAAGAUUAUAGAUGAUGAUGUUGUCAUGGAUAUGAGAUUAGUAAGUCGAGUCAUCGGUAACCCCAUGUUAAAGGAAUCAAAGCAAUUUCGUCAAGACGUUAAUGCCAGGCCGUUAGCUAGACUAGAACGUUUGAAAAUCAUUAUAAAUCAGGCAGUCAAGAUCUCUCCCCAAAAGGAAAAAUUCCCUUACGUUCGCUGGACAGUGGGCAAAAACAAGUACAUUCAUGAGCUUAUGGUUCCAGAACGCUUCCCCAUUGAUAUUCCGAGAGAAAAUGUUGGGUUAGAAAGAACUCAGGUACCUUUAAUGCUAUGCUGGGCACUUUCUAUUCAUAAAGCACAAGGUCAAACUAUUCAAAGAUUAAAAGUUGACCUAAGGAGAAUCUUUGAAGCCGGUCAAGUUUACGUUGCAUUGUCAAGAGCAGUUACCAUGGAUAAUUUACAGGUCUUAAACUUUGAUCCAGGAAAGAUUCGCACCAAUGAAAAAGUAAAGGAUUUCUAUAAACGUUUAGAAACUUUGAAAUAA